GGGAGCCUGUGAGGGAUUGGUCAAACCAGUCACGGGAUGAUGGGAAGUAAAGAGAAAAAACACUGAAACCGUUUCUGCCAUUCAGAGCAGUAGCUGCGGCUUCAGGGAGAUUUUUAACUCUACAAUUAUGAGUGAAUCACUGGUCGUGUGUGACGUGGAUGAAGAUCUGGUGAAGAAGUUGAAGGAGUUUCGUUUCCGGAAGGAAACCAACAACGCGGCCAUCAUUAUGAAGAUCGAUAAAGAGAAGCAGCUCGUUAUUCUCGAAGAAGAGCAUGAGGAUAUUUCACCCGAUGCUCUAAAGGAUGAACUGCCUGAGAGACAACCCAGAUUCAUCGUCUACAGUUAUAAGUAUCAACACGAUGAUGGACGCGUGUCCUAUCCGCUCUGCUUCAUCUUCUCCAGUCCAGUGGGUUGUAAACCGGAGCAACAGAUGAUGUACGCAGGAAGCAAAAACAAGCUGGUGCAAACGGUUCAACUGACCAAGGCGUUUGAGAUCAGGAACACAGAGGACCUAACAGAAGAUUGGCUUCGAGAGAAGCUUGGAUUCUUUCGCUAAGUAAGGCUCUUCUCAUCCGGAGGCUUGGGAUGCGAAGGGGAUCCUGACCGCACAACCAAGCUCCAUCUUUCAAGAAGAACGCACUACAGUUGUUACAUUCCUCUCUCGGCGGACCUGAUUUUAAAUAGCUUUUGCAAAUACUCUGCACUUAACGGUCACAUCAGCGAGGUUUAAGAUAUAUAGAUAUUUUGUAUUGCAACUCGGCAUGUGCCAGAAUGUUCAGACCAUCACGAGAGUUCGAGCGCCACCUCUGUGACCGUCAACAAUCACGGCCAUAUCUAAACCUCAGCAUUUGCCUCAGUCUGCAAAUGCUAUUUGAUUCAGGUCUGCUUUUGCCUCCCAUACCAUCUCUCCAUGUGCCAGUGAUGUGUCUGUACUGAAUUAUCACUCCCGUAGGUUUUCUUUAUUUUAUUUUUUACAGUGAACAGAAAUGAAACGUGCGUUUCCGCCUUUUCCGAAAGCAUGCUCUCAUCAUCCGGAGGGAACUUGGCGUCUUCGUAGCUACGGUUUCUGUUUCCUUAAGAUGCUUACACUCAACGAUUUUGCAACUGAAGCCCUCCUCAGUCGAUCUGUUUUUACCUUUUUUUUCCACAGUUUUUUUUGGAAGUCCUACCGGCUAAUCUUUUUUUGUUUUUAUUAUUUCUGGUGUCUGUAGGUGAGAUUUAUGUUGAUUUUAGAGCAUUUUCUUCCCCUUUUAGUUGUAGUUAGAAUCCAGAAAACACUACUGAGGUCCUUUAGAGGAUUUAAAUGAUAAGGUGCAUACUGUCAGUAGCUCCCUAGAAGACAAAAACACUAACACUCACACCUAGUGAAGUAAAACUGAGCACAUGAACGAGAAACCGUGGCUAAAAAUAUUCUGUGCCUUGUGAAAGCCUUCACACUCGUUGAACUUUUUCACAUUUUGUCAUGUUAUAAACACAAACUUAAUCUUUAUGAUGCUGUUUCUUCAGUGAUGUACUCAACUGAAACGCUGAGGUCUCUUCAUUCAGACUAUUAACAACGUCCAGAGAUUUACUCCAACAUUGGAGUAACAGGGGACUAAUUACACACUUUUCAGGUUUUUAUUGGGUAAGAAAUUUUGAAAGCCAUGUGUUGUCCUCCUUCCUCUUCACAAAGAUCAUUUUCGCAGUUAUUUGUUCUAGUACUCUACCUGCAUACAAUUUCGUCAAUAGAAUGACAUCAGUCGUACAAAAAGUCAUUUUUUUAAAAAAUUGUUUUUUGUUACGUUUUUUUCCGACACUUCCAACAAUAUUGAACAUUCGAUUAAAAACAGAAAUCAAUCUCUUUUUAUAAAAAUUGGAUGUUUUUUAGUUGAUCUAAAAUACAAAAUAAAAUUUAUACAUUUAUGUAAGACAAUAGUAUCUUAUUGGAAAAAUGACUUGAAUAAAUUUUAGGUCAUAUUUGCUUCAGUAGGAGAAAAAGGAACAGUGUUUUUUUUUUUUUGGUUGGUAAAAGUCGCUGACCUCUGACCUAUCACACAACAUCCCCAAUAAAAUACAUUACAGAUUGUGUUUAUAACGUUACAUGAUAUGGAAAAGCUCAAAGCCUCACUUUUGCAAGGCACUGCGGCCCUGUUGGUUUGAAAAUGGAUGACUUUCCUUCCUCUUUAAAGAAAAUAAAAACUCAACAUGAAUGAUGGAGAAUGUCUUUGACCUGCAUAUUUCUUGAACGGUUCUAACCAGGGUACAGUAUUUCCAGAUGCAUUCCAAACACAAACCUUUUUUUUUUAUUAUUUUAUUUUAUUUUCCCUCAAAACUUUAGUAACCAUGACAGCGAAGACAACAGCGCACACAGGAUGGUAAAUAUCUGCCCCCGAUUUUAAACUACUGGAAUACCGUCUCUUUAUGCGGAGCUUGUCAGCCAUCAUUGUGCGUUGGAACACCUACUGUUAUACUGAAUGUUAAUUCUCAUAUAAAGCCACUUUAUUUGCUUUGUAGCUGUUGCAGCCUUAAAAAAAGCUCCUCGAGACGCCGGUUGUGCUUCAUAUUUUAGAUGUUGGGCUGUUUACGUCUCCAUAAUGGCUUCCUCAUACCGAAAUGUGGCAGCUGCUCAUAAUUGGUGCCAGUCUCAAAGUCCUCGGUCCAGUCGCUAGCUAUGUAUUUUGUGUAAUUUCUUGUCAAAUGUUUAAUAUGUCACUGUGCAAUAGGCAUGGGCUGCUCACGGUUUUAAAAAGUUUGUUUUAAGAUCGCUACAGAAGCCUUCCUGUUAACGAAGCCAAGUACGUUUAAGUGUGAUGCUCUCGUAUUUUUCAGACUCUUAUUUUAAAUUAUGAAAGGACGUUGUUCUUGAGUUGCCCUGAAUUGACAGUCUUCAUAUCAUUUUUGGUUGACAACAUUCUUAAAUCAUUUGGGUGGAAGCAAUUUGAGUACUAAAGGGGGAAAACUCCACCGCUACUAGCUAACUAUUAGUAAAGUUAGCAUGUCCUUCGAAGCCCUGUGUCUGGGAACAAACCUGAAAUCGACAAUCGCAGAACAACACAAAUUGAUGUUUCUGAAACCGCUAUUGUGGACAUUGAUAUUCCCCAAAUUAUUGCUAAAAUCUCAUUUCACUCUCAUGAUCUAGAUGUAUUAUUUCAUCGUUAACAGGAAACCGACUACAGGCUCAAUGCAGCUCAUAUUAGCUUAGUAUACUAGUGUUACUCUAUAAAGAGCAGAAUGGUAAAAUAAAGUUUAGCUGCAAGUUGGUAAUAAAUGUCACAUGUUAAUGUGUUUAAUAUUGUUGUUUUUUUGGGGUUUUUUUUUUUUUAACCGUGGUACCAAGACACCUCAAACCGGCCCAAGCCUAUUGGUCAAACUCUGUCUUUUCACAGACAAACAGUGUUUUUCAUUUUUUAUCUUUGUUCUGUAAAACAAAAACAAACAAUAAAAAAAAUCACAAUCAGUAUAAGCAGCUCCAAAUAGCAACAAAAAACAUCUUUUUAGUAAUAAGAAAUGUAUUCCAGAUCCUGCAGUGACUUACUUCCACGCAACGGUGAGGAAAAUCCUCAAUGAUCCGUGGCUCGGGAAGUUUUCCGAUUCUUAUUAAAAGCGUCGUCCCGCCGCGGUAUAUCGGUCACAUCCUUAGAGGAGAUUAAAUGGGCUCCACGUCUCAUCAGCGUCGUCCCCCGUAGUGCAGUUUCUAUUAAAUGAAAAAUGGGAGGGUGAAAGCUUGUAGAUCUCAAGACAAAAAGAUAUUAUACGGUUUAGCUCACCAAUGCCUCGUUUAAAUUCCUAUCAUCUCCUGGAAAACUCAAAGUGAACAUUGGAUAAGUGCACGUCGCACUAUAAUAAUUGUCUCUUUUGACAUUUUUGUUACUCAAAUCCUAUUUUUACCUGCUUAUAACGAGACACUAGGAGUAGAAACGGACUUUGAUUUGAUGGUAAUUCUUAUGUCUACUGAUAUGAUAUACACUGCCUGCCUCAUGUUGGCCUGUAUGAUGAAGCUACAGGAGAGAAUUAGAGUAAAGUCAUUUUACCUACCAACACUAAACGUCUUAUUAAAAAACCCUUUUUGGAAUAUACUGGGGAUUAUCCAGUCAGGGCAUCAUAUGCUAACUCUGAAAUGUGCAAUCUUCUUAAUUUUUAUGUGCUGAAAACAUUUAAAAAAAAACAAAAAAACAACCAGACUAUCUUUCCAAGUUGUCCAGAUGCCAGAAAUGUGGACAGCUACUGUAAAUCGCCGCUUUCUCUACUGAAUGUAAACUAUUUCCAUCAAACUGUUUCCUCUGUGCUCUUUGAGACAGAACCAACGUCUCAACAUCUCAAUCAUCCAGAACCGGUACUAUGAAGCAGUGAGACAACUUCAGGUUCUCUACUUAGGGUUUUCAGCGCCACAGCCAGCAAGGAGGAACGGUGCAUAUUUCCUUCGCGUGUCACAACUUAACGUUUAUCGAACCGUUACCGACUCCACCUACUUAGUACGACUUGAAAACCCAGUGGAGACUUUCGUAGUACAGGCCUCUGUAUUCCUGCUCUAUCUGAAGUCUUUACAUGCGUAUUGUUUCUUUACAAAAAAUAAAUAAAAAACCCUCAAUGUUUGUUAUAUUAAGUGGAAAUGAAAUGCAGUAAACUGUCUUCUGUGUUAUCAAAAUCAACCUCACUUUUGGUUUCGAGCCUUGCCUCUGGUUGUAUCCUGUGGAUUCCUGAGCUUCUCCUAUGUGUUUGAACGGUUGUAAAUCCGACCCCUUGAAUCAUUUAAUCUGCGAAUGUGUAGUUUUGCUCAAUAAGUGUCCUCUCUGAUCAAAAUGCCUAUGAUUUUUUUCUUUCCUUUCUACUAAGAACUGAAACAUCUGCGAUAACCAGCUGUCUCAUGACAUCAGUGAAACUUUGACAUAUUCCUAUACCUGUGUCUGUCCUGUUGUCCAAAUAAACUGACAGUGAUGUCUA